AUGGGUUCAGAAAUCGUUGAGUCAGCCAAUCUAGGUAUAGAAUUGAUAUACCCGAGAAUUUCUAAAAAUUCUAAUGGGAAGAGAAUCGUUGACCCCAAUGGAGUAUCUAAAAAUUCAUCGGUAUCGGCGGGUGAUGUAUUUCUAAAAUUCCGUGAUUUCUUAAAGAAGUUGGGUCUGCUGUUUAAAUUGGAGAAGCUGCAGAAUGUUCGAUUUGGGGAGCAAAAAGUGAUUGAUUCGGAGGAUUUCACAAAGUUAUCCUCAGAAACUAAUGAUUUAUGGCAGAAGCUCGAGAAAGGCCUCGUCUUUCAGGACCCGUCGCAUCAAGCCGACCUAAUUUCCAAGAUGGAUAAGUGGAUUGAUUAUUUCACAUCCAUCGUCUCUCUCGAUUCUCUUCUUCUUCAACCGACGAAAACAGCAUCCACCGUCGUCUCAAGGUUUCAACGGAAGGAGGAAGACGGCGGGACUGAGGAAGAAGAGGAAGAAUGGGAUUUCAAACUACGAGUUUAUUCCUUGGGGCAUAUGUGGAAGGGUAUUGACAGUGCGCCGAUUUCUCCUCCUUCCUGGAUAAACCUCAGGGAUAUAUGUGAGAAGCUAUUCAGGAAGAGGUUGAUUUCUUGUAUCUUGCAUCCGGGAAAGGAGGCCACAGUUAUAGCUUUUUGUGGGUUGGAAUCAGGUGUUGCUACUACCCUGGCUGAAGAAGUUUAUCAUGACUACUUGGUGCGCCAACAUUUCCAUUGCAUUGCCUGGGCUCGGGUAGGGGACGACCCCAACCCAGGAAGGAUAAUAAAAGAUUUGUUGAUUUCCCUCACUUGCCAUAGAUGGGAAGUCCUGAAUAUUUAUUUAGGCAUUUCUGCCUUUUAUAUGCCACCCAUGCUUUAUGCUUACUUGAAGGAUAAGAGGUUUCUACUUGUUUUGGAGGAUGUUCGGGAUAUGAAUCUUUUUGACGCGCUCUGCUAUUCUUUCCCGUUGUUAUCCGUAACCGGCAACAGGCUGUUGUUAACCACUCCUAGGGAUCAAGAUGAAGUCGUUCAGCCAUUGAAGUAUUUGAUCGAGCGACUUCAUGCCGAGAUAUUCACUCACUAA